AUAAUUAUUAAAAAAAAGUAACAAUUGAAGCUUGACUUCUACAGCCUCAACUUUGAGAGAUUCAAAAUUCAUGUCGAUGUCAGCAGUUGCUUAAUCUCAAAAUUCUUGAUGAUGAAUUGCAAGCAGCAAUGAUUUUAUCACGGGAUGAUACAAAAGUUGUGCUAGUUGCAUGGUUUCUAUUAAUGAUCUCAGCAAUGUCGCAAACAAUUCGUCCUAGCUGCCAAAAUAAAUGUGGAAGUGUGAACAUUCCAUAUCCUUUUGGUACAACUGAGAACUGCUGCUUGAACAGAAACUUUUAUGUUGCUUGUAACACAAGUCACAACCCUCCCAAACCAUUUCUGUGGAAUGUGACAAAAAAUAUUGAGAUUUUAGAGGUGUCGUUGAAUGGCCAUUUGAGGAUAAAAUCCCCUGUAGCUUAUGUUUGCUAUGAUGAAAAGGGUGUGCUAGUGGAUUCCGGAAAUUCAUUCAUGACUUUGCAAGCAUUCCACUUCUCAUACUCUCAGAACAAGUUCAUUGGAAUUGGAUGUGACACCCUUUCAACCAUCAAUGCAACAAUUGGGAAAAACUACUCAGCUGGAGGGUGUUUUUCACUUUGUAGUAGUGUAGAAAGUUCAGCCAAUGGAUCCUGGUUUGGCAUUGGUUUCUGCCAAACCUCUAUCCCAAAAAACAUUUUGGCAUAUCAAGCUCGUGUCCUGAGAUCAAAUUUGAUGCAUAGUGAUAUGAAUAUUCCUUGUGCCUACUCUCUUUUGGUUGAAGAGGACUCUUUCAAGUUCUCCACGGAUGACUUCAUCAAACUUCAGAAGACAAAAACAGCUACCACAGUGCUUGAUUGGGCUGUUGGAAAUCAGACAUGUCAAGAAGCUAAGAAGAAUUUAACUAGUUAUGCCUGCCAAGCAAAUAGUGUAUGUAUUGAUUCUGACAAUGGACCAGGGUACCUUUGCAGAUGCUUAGAAGGUUAUGUGGGAAAUGCAUACCUUCAUGGUGGAUGCCAAGAUAUUGAUGAGUGCGCCAAUCCGAGUCUAAAUGACUGUUCAGAUAUUUGCCUUAACCUACCUGGGAGCUAUAAUUGCUCUUGUCCCAAGAGCAAGAGUUAUGAGGGAGAUGGCAGAAAAGGAGGUAGUGGCUGUGUCUCGAAUCUACCACAUGUGGUUAAUCAGAUUGUGAUAGGCACUGGCAUAGGCCUUAUGCUGUUGUUAAUUGGUAGUGGCUGGCUAUUCCAUGUGUUCCGUAAAAGAAAAAUGGUGAGACUCACAGCAAGAUAUUUUAAGAGAAAUGGUGGCUUAAUGUUGCAGCAGCAAAUUGCGAACAUGGAAGGAUCAUCUGAGAGAGCCAAAAUUUUCACUGCAACUGAGCUAAAGAAAGCCUCCGAAAACUUUCAUGAGAGCAGAAUCAUUGGCAGAGGAGGAUACGGUACGGUUUAUAGGGGAAUACUUCCAAAUGACAAAGUUGUUGCUAUCAAGAAAUCAAAACUAGUAGACCACAGCCAAAUUGAACAAUUCAUCAAUGAAGUGGUUGUACUGUCCCAAAUCAACCACAGAAAUGUUGUCAAACUCCUAGGUUGCUGUCUAGAGACAGAAAUGCCACUACUGGUUUAUGAAUUUGUGAACAAUGGCACCCUCUUUGACCACAUUCACAACAAAAACACCACACUUCCCUGGGUAACACGUCUAAGAAUAGCAGCAGAAACGGCUGGUGUGCUUGCAUACUUGCAUUCUGCUGCCUCCAUACCAGUCAUCCAUAGGGACUUUAAGUCAACUAACAUACUGUUGGAUGACAAAUACACAGCUAAGGUUUCUGACUUUGGAACCUCGAGAUUGGUUCCACGUGACAAGUGUCAAUUAACAACAUUGGUUCAGGGAACUCUUGGCUACCUUGACCCUGAGUACUUUCAGACCAGCCAACUAACUGAGAAAAGCGAUGUGUAUAGCUUCGGUGUCGUGCUUGCGGAGUUGCUAACUGGAAGAAGGGCACUUUCUUUUGACAUGCCAGAGGAAGAGAGAAACUUAGCCUUGUAUUUCCUUUCAGCUGUGAAGGAUGAUUGCUUGUUCCAAAUUGUAGAGGAUUGUGUGAGUGAGGGAAAUAGUGAGCAGGUGAAGGAAGUUGCUAACAUUGCUCAAUGGUGCUUGAGGCUUAGAGGUGAGGAAAGACCUACCAUGAAGGAAGUGGCAAUGGAAUUGGAUAGUCUUAGAAUGAUGACAACAACAACUACAUGGAUUAAUGCCGCAUCAAAUUCAACAGAAUAUGUGAUUGGUGAAAGAUCAGGUCGAACAGAAACAACAGACUAUGCUAAUUGUCAUUAUACUACAUGUGCUGGGCAUGAGGAUGACACCAUUUGCAACGAUGUGAUGUCACCGUUAUGGGAUGGUAGAAUUUCAUGGCCAGUAGCCAGCGACUGCUACGCUGAAAGAGGCAAACUCGUGAGCCAAACAUUCCAAGACAUAAACCUAACAACUUUUCAAGUCUCUUCGAACCGAAACAAGUUUACUGUAAUCGGGUGCGACACGCUGGGAGUAGUGGUGGGAAUCGAUUCAAAGGGAAGGAACUACACCACGGGAUGCGUGUCCCUGUGCAACAGGCUCCAAGACAUCGAAACGAACGGGUCUUGUUCCGGCACCGGUUGUUACGAGACUUCGAUCCCGCGCGGUUUGUCGGGUUUCUCCUACGGUUCAGGGAGCGUGGUCGACUUCAACUUGUGCGGGCACGCGUUCCUCACGGACCUCGUCAACUUCGACAAGACAACGUUCCCCGUUGGGAUGGAUUGGGUAGUGAAGAACCAAACGUGCCAAGAAGCUAUGAAGAAGAUAGGUUACAAGAGCACACAAUUGAAAGAAAAGCAGCUGCAAAUGGGUGUCCAAUAUUCAAAGCUGCUGUUGCAGCUGCUACUUGUUGCGUUCUUUAUUGCAGCAACUAAAACUGAACCACCUUUGUCAAAGCCAAACUGCCAACAAAAGUGUGGCAACGUUAUCAUUCCCUUUCCCUUCGGCAUGACGGAGGCUUGUUCCCUCAACACCUCAUUUCUCAUCACUUGCCACCAAAACCUUUCACCACCCACCCCAUUCUUGCAAAAUUUUUAUCAAAUUAGCGUGCUAGACAUCUCACUCGAGUACGGCCAAUUGAACAUUUCAUUGCCAGUAGCCAGAAACUGCCUCAUCAAUAAUCUAACUGGGGAAUCAGUUAUUGAAAUGAAUCUCGGACCUUUUCACCUAUCAUCCAACCAAAACAAGUUAAUUGUGUUUGGUGCUGACGCGGCUGGAUUGGUAUAUAAUCUGGAAAAUGCAUCAGGAAUACUGUACCCUACUAUUGCAUGCAUGUCUGUGUACGCUCCUGCAGCCUCAGCACCUGACAAGUCAUGCUCUGGCACCUUAUGUUGCGAGACUCCAAUACAACAAAGGCUAUCAGAAUUCUUCUAUGAAUCUUCUACAAAUAUCUUCCGCAGAAAUAACACCAAGAGACUUGAGUCCUAUCCAUGUGGUUAUACAUUUCUGGUUAAGGACGGAGCCUACAAGUUCCACAUCACAGACAUCUUCAACCUUAGCACUAACAACAAAUUUCCUGUUGUUGCGGAUUGGGCAGUGGGGACUCACACGUGCCAAGAUGCUAUGAAGAAUGCUUCAAGUUAUCUGUGUAAGUCAAACUAUAGUGAAUGUCGCGACGCAGAGGUGGGACCUGGUUACCAUUGUAAAUGCUACAGUGGUUAUCGGGGCAACCCUUACCUCUCUAAUGGUUGCCAAGACGUUGAUGAAUGCAAUGAGAAAACCCACAACUGUACAGAGGGAUCAAUAUGCAGCAACAGUCCAGGGAUCUACAGUUGUUCUUGUCUAAAAGGAUAUGAAGGAGAUGGAAAAAAUAAUGGAACAGGAUGUCGUCCCAAAGUCAGCAGUAGCCGCAUAAUCAUAAUUGCUUUGACUGUGAGUGUAAGUAUCUUAACACUUCUUGGGGGAACCUUUUAUAUGUAUUGGACAUCGAAGAAGAGAAAUCUCAUCAGACUUAAAGAGCAAUAUUUUCAACAAAACGGUGGCCUGUUAUUACAACAAGUUGUCAGAUAUAGUGGGUCAACUGAAAUGACUAAAAUCUUCACAGUGGAGGAACUAAGUCAGGCCACCAACAAUUUCGAUGAAAGCAUGGUCUUAGGCCAAGGUGGCCAGGGAACAGUUUACAAAGGAAUAUUAUCUAACAAUAGAAUUGUAGCAAUAAAAAUGUCCAGAAUUAGUAACCCAAACCAAGUUGAGCAUUUCAUCAAUGAGAUGAUAUUGCUUUCUCAAAUCAACCAUAGAAAUGUGGUGAAACUAUUGGGAUGUUGUUUAGAGACAGAAGUUCCCUUGCUUGUUUAUGAAUUUGUUCCCAAUGGUACUGUUUACGAGCAUCUUCACAAUCAAGGUCAAUCUUUAAAACUUACAUGGAAAACAAGAUUGCAAAUAGCAACAGAAACUGCCAGGGCCCUGGCAUACUUGCAUUCUGCUACCAAUGCACCAAUCAUACAUAGAGAUGUGAAAACUGCAAACAUACUACUUGAUCACAAUCUCACUGCAAAGGUUUCUGAUUUUGGAGCUUCAAGGAUUAUUCCUCUUGAUCAAACUCAGUUAACCACUUUGGUGCUGGGGACACUAGGGUAUCUUGACCCAGAAUACUUCCACUCAAGCCAGUUAACAGAGAAAAGUGAUGUCUAUAGCUUUGGAGUUGUCUUAGUUGAACUACUGACAGGAAAGAAGGCACUCUCUUUUGAAAGGCCAGAGGCUCAUAGAAAUCUUGCAGUGCACUUCCAUUCUUCAAUGCAAGAGGGUCGGUUACUUAACAUUGUAGACAGCCACAUAAUAGAUGAGGCAAAUGUUGAGCAACUAAUGGAUGUUGCUAACAUUGCAAACCAUUGUUUAAGGUUGAAAGGGGAGGAAAGACCCACCAUGAAAGACGUGGCAAUGGAACUUGAAGGAAUAAGCGUUGUGGAGAAGCACCAAUGGGAAAAAAUCAAUUUGUCAUCAGAGGAGACUGAAAAUUUUCUCAAAGCAAUACCAUCAUCUUCUUUUAGUAUUGUAGAUGGCGUUAAUAGAAGAAGCAUUAAUUCUGGCUCUAAUAUUUUAAACCGAAUUUCCUUUUCCUUGAGUGGUGGAAGAUGAUUCCUGAUAUUAACUGUAAUAUAAUAUUAUCAUAAUUCGCAAGUCUAUCAUUACUCAAGACUAGAUGUUAAUCUAUCUUCAGAGUAAUACUUAUGUUGUAUGUUGUAUUCCACCGUUGCAUUGAAUAAAAUAAUGUGACUUUAUGUUUGUGAUGAAA